UCAAAGAUUGAAAAGAUCAAAUUCUCAAAAAUGAGUGAUGUUCAAGAAAAUGAUACACUGAAUACUCUUUAUGAGGUUUCAUUGAGAGGUAGUGUUUCUGAGUUAGAAACUCUGAUUAGAAGAGACCCUCUUAUCCUUCACAGAAUUUCCUUAACAACAUUCACUGAAACUCCUUUGCACAUAUCAGCUUUACUUGGUCACCUUGAUUUCACAAAGUCCCUUCUGACUCACAAACCUCAACUUGCUCUUGAGACUGACCACUGCAAACGCACCCCUCUUCAUCUGGCUUCUGCUGAAGGCCAUGUAGAGAUUGUUCAUGUUUUGCUGCAGACAUGUGAAGAUGCAUGCUUGAUGACUGACCAAGAUGGAAGGAUUCCUCUUCAUUAUGCAGCUAUGAGAGGAAGGACAGAGGUUGCAAGACAGUUGAUUAGUGGAGCAAAGUCAGAAUCUGUGAUGGUGUUUGAUGGAUCAGGAAAAACUAUGUUUCACCUUUGUGUCGAGCACAAUCAUUUGGAGACUUUGAAAACACUGGUGGAAGUUGGAAAUGUCAGGGAGGAUUUUCUAAACUGUGGAGACUUUCAUCAUGGAAAUACCAUUCUCCAUUUGGCUGUUAUGUUCAAGCAACUUGAGAGUGUAAGGUACUUGCUCUCAAUAUCCAAAAUAAAAGAAGAAGCAAAUAUUGAGAACAAGAUGGGUUACACUGCUUUGGACAUGCUAGAGCAUGUUCCAAAAGACAUGAGAAGUCUUCAAAUAAAACUCAUGCUGAUGGACGCCGGAUUCAAGAAGAAUGAAAAUAACCAAGUUCAUCAUCCACCAUCUGCAUCAAUCAUAGAUGUUCCUCCAUCAAGGACACCGAAUCCAAAUGAAAAGUUUUGGAUUAACUCUUUGAAGCGUGUGAACAAGGUCUUACAACAUAAGAGUGGUAGGUUGGAAGAAAUGAGAGGCAUGUUGAGUUUGGUGUCUACAAUGAUCUCAACCGUCACCUUUGGUGUUGUGAUCAAUCCACCAGGUGGUAAUAUAUCUAUCGAGUCACUUCUAUAUGUACAAUAUAGAGAAAUGUUGACUAGUUUCUUAACGAUGAACACAAUCUCUUUCAUUGCAUCACUUGGUGUCACUCUCUUACUUAUAAGUGGAGUUCCCUUAAAGAAUGAAAUCACAAUGGGACUGUUAUCAGUAGGCACAUGUGUCUGUCUCACAUUUCUUGUGCUUACUUACAUACAUGCUGUGCCUUUGAACAAAAAUAUGUAUUUUGGGGACACAUUUUCUGUGUUGUUUUCUUGGCUUGGACUUGUUGGGACAAUAGUUGUGUUUACCAUAAUUCGUGUAAUUUCUAAGCUAGUGAAAGUUCUGUAGCAUGGAGCAAAAGGUGGUUCACACCUUGUCUAGAACAUCCUGUUUACAGUUUGAACGUGUUU